AUGACCACACCAACUACUCAAGAAAACCCCGACCAAUUCAGCCUCAUGCACGGCAACCUAAGUCCAACCCUUCGCACAUUCAUGGACGAAGCUGCAACACCAGAAGCAUUCUCACGCAUCCUCCCAUUACUCAAACACGAACACGCCGAACUCCAAUCGCACAGUCAUAAGAUCUUAAACUCAGCCGACGCGGACGAACAAACCAGAUACCAGAACCAGCUCACCUGGGAACUAGCUCGCCAUAUAAUUAGCGAGGAGCUAAUCAUCUACCCUGCCAUCGAUAAGCAUGUUCGAGAUGGAGAGGUUCUAACGAGGAGGAAUCUGGUUGAGCAUCAGGAGAUCAAGGAGCAGUUAAAGACGUUCCAGGGACUUACGUGUACGGAUCCGAGAUUCGUACCGACGCUAGAGGCACUACUGGGGGAUUUCCAGCGCCAUAUUCGACGUGAGGAGGAAGAAGAUCUCGUUUUGCUGGAAAGGGCGUUGUCGAGGGAGGAUAGUCAGGCGUUGGCGGGGUCAUUGGAAAGGAUGAAGAAAUUCUUGCCAUCGAGAUCGCACCCGCUUGCUUCUACGAAGCCGCUGUUCGAGACUGCUGUGGAGCUAUUGACUGCACCGAUUGAUAUGGUUGCGGAUUUGUUUAGAAAGUGGCCGCAUGUAACAGAAGAUACGGGGAAGAAGAGUUGA